AUGAUCUUCAAGGCGUUGAUAUUCAUUCUGGCAAUUUGCCUUGUUCCUUCUGUACUCACUUUAGGAUCACUGACACCAUCCGCUGCGUUUAGAGCCAACAUGCAGCAACGUCAUCGUUCACCAAACUCGCUUUUCUACAUGAACGAUGCGCCAGCAGGACAGUUUUUGGACGAGUUGAAGCAGCCGAUCUACAAACGCUUCAAACCUUGUUAUUACUCUCCAAUCCAGUGUCUCAUCAAGAGAAAGUAA